AUGGAGAAACCUUCAAACCCCAACAUCCGACGAACACGAUCAGGAUGCUGGAACUGUAAAAAACGACGCCGACGAUGUACAGAAGACAAACCAUCCUGCAAGUGGUGUCUCCAACGUGGACAAGAGUGUCGCUAUGGCAUCCGUCUGCUGUGGGAAGAUGAAGCCCAAUUAAUGGGUAUUGCUUUUGGUAGAUCCGGCAUGAAAGAUCGGUUCAUAAAGACGAAGACCAAGUCGUCAGUCGAGCAUUACUUUCUUCCUGUGAAAUCCCAUGCCUCUCGGUAUUGGCUUACUACGACAUCGGAUGAUAUCCGCUCGCUCUACGAGGGCUGCCCAGAUAAGCGACCGGCGAUACAGAUUUAUGAUCUGGAUCGAGAAAUGAGUGCCGCACAUCUUGUCCCAAUGAACACCCCUCCCCUCAUUAUGUGUCACCACCCUUCUCUCGAGGAGUCUGAUAAUCUUCUCUUUCACUAUUUCAGUAACAUCUGCACCAUCCGCCGAUCUUUAACAGACUCCGAAAACCCAUGGCGAUCGGUUCUACUUCCAAUGUGUUUCCAAUCAGACGGCCUCUUGCAUAUUGCCAUCGCAUGGGCCGCGCACUCCCUCCGCAACCAGUGUGAUAGUCGAGAUAUAUAUAAAUACGACCAAAUGAUCCUUCAACACAAAGUCAGCUCUCUCAAACACCUUCGUGGCAUGUUACCCGAAGACCACGACGACCAGCCACCUACAGUCUUUCCAGCCCGCACCCGAAGCGAGCGAGAUAGUCUCCUUCUACUCGUGAUGUUUCAUUGUCUCCUAGAGAUUGCCAGCGGAAGUGUCGUGGAGUGGACGUACCACAUGAAAGGUGCUAUUAGAAUUAUGAAAUUCUACACGGCUAACUGCUCAUCUAUGCCGAGGCGGGAAAUCUUCAGCAAAGAGGUUCUUGAACUGGUUUAUACGUUUUUCAUUGAGAAGAAUACUUUCCUCGGCACUUGCCUGAAUAUCUCAGAUGAGGGGGAAGAUUCCCUUGACGGCAUCCAGUGGUCAACCGAAGUACCUUCCGUGUUUCCCUUUCUUGCGGGCCGUGGACGCAUGGAAGUGAACCCGUGUAACUGUUUUGAUGAUCACGACACCAACACAAGGCAAAUAUUCGAAACUAUACAGCAGCGGCUUCGUUGUAUUAAAUCCACCGAAGAUUCAAACAGCAACCAACUAAUGGAGCUACACUCUACCGCAUUUGAAGAGGCGACUUGGAUCUACCUAUACCAUGCAAUUAAAGGUGAAUCUUAUCAGAGUGAGAUUAUCCAAAGCAUUCAUCUCCCUAGGAUUAUCAAUGCCCUUGAGCAGAUUCACGAGGCACAUGGGGCGCAGCUUGGUUUUCUUCCUUAUCCAAUGUGGGUGCUUUUUAUCGCUAGCUGUUUUGUUCUGGAAGAUGACCGGGUGAAAAUUCUCAAGUUCUUCACUGUUCUCAAGUAUAAUAAGCCUAUUAGUAAUGUUCCUUCUACUAUGGCUGCAGUUGAAGCGAUAUGGAAGAAAAGAGAUCUGAGCUCUGACGAGACCAUGGUCUCAUCACGGCAUGCGGCUACUUGGACACAUGUGAUUUCACAGCUAGGAUGGAUGAUGCCAUUUACUUAG